AUGAAAAAUCAUCCACGUCUAGGGAAAGUUUGGAUGGAAGAAAUCGACGGUCGAUACGGCGCUGAAACUAUUGAAAAAAUACGUUGCAAGGAAUGCACAUAUGAAAAAGCGUCAAAUGAAUCUGGCAUUCCUGUUGGAACACUCGCCUCUCGAAUAUCAAGAAACUCGAACGGUCCUGUUGGAUGUCCCACUGCUUUGAAUACAAACGAAGAGAAACAUUUGGUCGACUUGAUCUUGACCUUACAAAGCUAUGGGGAAUUAUCGGCUAUCGAAGACGUAUUGAAGUAUGCAUCUGAGUUUGUGGAGAUUAUGCAUUUGGAAUCUCGUUUCAAAAAUGACCAACCGACGCGCGAAUGGUAUUAUACUUUUAUUACACGAUGGAAAACUAAAUUGAAUGUCAUGACAAGUAGAAUAUUGGAAAAGGCGCGUGCGGAUGUGACAGUUAGCACGGUGGAUGGCUGGUUUGCUAAAUUGUAUUCCAUUUUGGCCAAGUAUGACUUAUUUAAUAAACCAGAGCAGAUAUUCAAUUGUGACGAAAGCGGCUUUCGCGACGAUCCUGGAAAGAAAAACGUUGUUGUGAGCCGUGAUACUAAGUAUGCGAACAAGGUACAUGGUGGCAGCGGCAAGGACAGAACCACGGUCUUACUGACAAUUAGUGCUAGUGGAAUAUGUUUUCCUCCAUACGUUAUAUAUAAAGCAAGGCCCUUGCAUGAUAUUUGGUGUCCUCGAAAUGCAAUUCGAGGAACUGUUUACAAUUGUACAGAUAGUGGCUGGAUUAAUGAAGAGACGUUCUUUGAUUAUUUGAAAAAUAUGUUGAUUCCGUUAACCAAAAACAUCCCGCAUCCACUUCUUCUUAUUUUUGAUGGUCAUACUUCUCAUUUAUCGUUAAAAACGGCACGAUUAGCAACGGGACAUCAAAUUCAUCUUUUAUGCUUGCCAGCAUAUUCAACUCACUUGUUGCAGCCAUUGGAUGUUUACACCUUAAAAUAUGUGAAAGCGCAAUGGAGAAGCUUAUUAUGGGAUUACAAUAAUAGAAACUCGUCAAAAAAACUGGACAAACCGGAUUUCAUUCGAUUAUAUCGUCAUUUAUAUGAUUAUGCUUUGUUACCAACACAUUGUUCAUCUGCGUUUAGGAAAGCUGGGAUCUUUCCGUAUGACCCUCGAGUAGUGAAACGAGACAGGUUAGUUAAAACAUCAACAUCAUCAUCAACAGUAGCAAUGAAUACUUUUCGACGUUCAAAGUCAGUCGGAUUUGAUUAUAAUGAUAAUCAGCCAACAACAAUUACUCCAAUUCCUUUGCAAACAUCGUAUUCGAACAAAAGACGCGAAGUAGUGAAAUAUCCAUCGAAUCCAUCUCUAUUUUCUGGUUAUGGUGAUGCUGAUAAAUCGAAUGAACCAGAAACAUCAUCGAAUGAUGCUCAACAUGUGAUAAGUCAACUUGAUACUACUAUUACAACUCUUGAUUCGAUUAUGCUAUCAAUGCCAAACACUUCGAUUAGAUUAAGUACUAAUCAACAUUGCCCUACCAGUUUUGACUCAUCCACAUGUACAACAAACGAUGAUUUACCUGAUUCAUCAGUUUCUACUAUGCAUGACAUGUCUUCAUUUUCACCAACAGCAAAUAGUUCAAUGGUUUCAGCAAUAUUUUUCACUUCGCGAGAAGAAGAUCCUUCUUUGGUUGCAAUUGAAAAAAUUGUGGCGAAACAUUUUCUCGGACGUUCUUCCAACAGCACAAGAGGCAAAAGACACAUCGCUUCUAGUGGAAAUGACAGGAACGUUACAGAUUUAAAUGAAAAUUCGAAAAAGGUAAUCAAUGCGCGAGCACAAUCUAAUGUGUCAACCGUUACCGCUAAUACUAUGUUACAUGAACCGAUGAAAAGCGUAGCAAUAGCUACUUCUCAAAGCACUGCAUUACCACCCAUUACUUACAUGUUAACAUCAGAUGCUUCCCCAACGAUAUCGUCAUUCCACUCAAGUGUUGGAAUUUGUGGUCAGCUACAGAGUUUAACACAAACGUCUACCAUUCAAUGUCACUUAUGUUUCAAUAUUAUUCAAGCACUGGAAACAACUAGCAAUUGUCACCAAUGCUACAAGAUCCUCUGCUGGAAAUGUAGCACCAAAAUGAAUGAUGCUUAUCAACUUUGUUACCCCUUUCGAUCAUUUUAUGCUAAUCAGCAACAUAAUUACUACAGUUACACACAAUUAUAA